CCACUUGCUGUGGAGUGAAAAGAGAAUCCCGACAUCGAUGUUAAGAUCGACAAGAGUCUUUUUCAUCAAAACAAUUUAAUGGGAAUUACAGCAAAUAUUUUUUAAAUUUUUAUAUUUGAUCCCCAUUAAAUUGGCUUUCGAGUUCAAGACUAAGCAUCGAGGUGCACCGAGCCAUUACGUUUUUUUAUCAUGAGUAAACAAUUAUUGUGAGAACUUUAAUAGAUCCAACUUAGAUAUGGGAGGAAAUGAUAAUUACGCUUUGGACAAGCACAGAGGGCCAUAAGGAGGACCAUUUUUUACUUCAAGGACCACUGAUUUAGAAAUCCUGUGUAGACAAUUGUUCGAAUAACCACAACCAGUCAACAAUCAGUGUAUACAAUAGAUAGCAAAAGAAUAUAUGUUAAUAAUGGCAGAAAUAAAGAACAUACCUGCCAUUUCUACACUUAUCUUUAUGGAUCUGGAAACAACUGGACUACCUACUUAUGUUGGAAGGAAAAAUGUUCAUAUCACUGAACUAUCAUUGCUUGCAGUUGACAGAGAUGUUUUUGAAACUGAUGAAUCAUUUCGCAUCAUAAACAAACUGAGUUUCUGCAUUCGCCCACGAGUUGCCAUUUCACCUGGUGCAAUGGAUAUAACACGACUUUCCAAUGAUACACUUCAGAAUCAAGAAGAAUUUAAUGAAACAAUACCAAAAUCAUUAGCAUACUUUUUCAAGCGCCUUCGUCCUCCCAUAUGUCUUUUAGCACACAAUGGCAAUAAAUUUGAUUUUCCUGUUUUGCAAGCUGAACUGAAUAGAAUAAAUUGCUCUUUGGAGAAAGAAAUACUUUGUGCAGAUACUUUAGAGGCUUUACGUAGCAUAGGCAUAAAUCCUCAUAACAGUAUGGGAAGUCAAAUAUGCAGUGAUAAGAAAUUUGUUAGCAUGCAACUUAAUGAUAACUCACACAGUAAAAAUCCUACAUCAGAUGCUGAAAUAGAUGCUUUGCUUUCUGAAGAUAUAGAUUUAUUUCAGAAUAUCGAAGAAACAGAGGUUCAGAAUAAUGACUCUUUAGAAAAAGCCUCUACAGGAGUUCAAAGAAGUUUAGGAAAAUGUUUGACCAAAAUUCUAGAAAAUGGAUCUUCAGCAAAAAGCUUCAAUUCUGUACUUUUAUUUCAGCAUGGUACUAGUAAAACAGAAGAUGUAAGCACUGCACUACCAGAAAAUUUCAGCAGUUUGCUUACUGAAUUAAAAACACCCAUUCAGUCUCCCACUAUAUCAAAAAUGCAGAAUUUUGAAAUGAAAGUACAAAAGAGUAAAAAAAAAUCACAUGAUCCAUUAUAUUCACCUAAAAGUGAAUGUAAGCAAACGUUCUUUCAUUCUCUCCCAGUGAAGAGAAAAUUAUUUCUUGAUGAAAAUGGCCCAUGCAACAGUAAAAUGAAUAUUCCAGCAGAAAAGAAAAAAGUACAGUAUUCCUUACAAAAGUUGUAUUAUCACUUUUUUGGAGAAAAUCCUCCUGAAAGUCAUUAUGCUGAAGCAGACUGCAUUGCUUUGAGCAAAGUUUGUCAAAAAGUAAGAAAAGAAUUCUUGGAAUGGAUAGAUGUAAACAGUAUUCCAUUUUACAAAACCAAAGCAAUGUGGUAAAAAUAUUUUGUAACUUUUAUAACAAAAGUUGCAAUUAACGAUACUUAAAUUUGAUUACAUUAAGGAACAUUUUCACACAGUCAACAGUUGAGAAUAAUGAACAGAAGAAAAGUGUAAUAAUGUUUGCACCUGGAAGCUAUUUUUCUUCUCUUAAAUUCCAUUAUAAGAAAUGUUUUGAUAAGUUUUUAUGUAUAUGACUGGCAUAUUGUUUAAAUCAGAGGUCUUCAAACUGUGUUCCGCAGUACCCCAGGAUUCCACAAGUCAAAACCCGGGGUUCUGAAAGUCAAAAUGAAAAUUCAACAAGAAAAUUAUAAAGUACUCACACAAGUUAACUAGUAUUUAUUAAUUAAAAAAUAUACAUUUAGUUGUCUUUGGAAAGUAGUCAAAAGCUUUGUGUGUGGACUGCUGACACCAGCAGCACUCACAUGUGUAAGAGUAGUUUUUUCGAUUGUUUAGUAUGCAAAAAUGUUUCCCACACCGUUCAGAACAAUGUAUUUAAGUCAAAAAUUUCUCUCAAUGUAUGUGGCAACAAUAAUAAAACAUAGAAACAAAUGCGGAAUAUGAAAUGUGACUGCAGAUAACGUCAAUACAGCUAGACUUCCGACAGUUUGGGCAAAAAAAUGCAAGUUCAUCUCUGUCACUAAAUAUUAUGCAAGAGUAUGUGACACCUGAAGCAUGAGCUAAUGCUAUUAAAUUGUAAAUUAGAUUAAUUUUAUAUUGAAAUUUUUUAAAUAAAAAGCACAAUUAUUUCCUUUAAUUGUCUUUACAUACAGUACCUAUAAAUAUUAAUCUUUGAUUUGCUUUAAAUACUUAAGGUAUAGUUUCCUAAUGGUAUUAUAGGGUUCCCCGAAAAAACAUCAUAGUUACAAGGGUUCCGUGAGUUACCAAAGUUUGAAGACCACUGAUAUAAAUUAUUUAGAAUAAAGAAUCACGUGUACAAAAAAUUCGAGGACAUGAAAUUCUGAAAUAAUAUUUUAUAAUCUCUUUUAUGUUGCUUUACAAUCAUUCUGCACAUCAAAUUUAUUACUUAUAAAUAUUACAAUUAAGAACUGAAUCAAAUUUAUGUUUUAUCAAUAUAUUUUACAAUAAAAAUUUGUAUAUUAUUGUAAA